AUGAUUUUGCACCGCAUUUCUCUACCCCUUUUUUACUAUCUCUUUAUUUUUGCAUACGUACAUUUUGAGACCGCACAGUCGAAGCUAAACAGUGUUGCGAAUGAUGACAGCAGGUUUGUGAGCGGCUUCUUCGGGAGCGGUAAGGGGCCUGUGAGUGGCUCCGCGAAUGGAGGAAACGACGACGGACCGAAGGACAAAAAUGAUGAGAAGAAGCCAAAGGACGUCGUGCAGGACGGAUCGGAGGAUGCCAGAAAGGCGAUCACCCCUCCCGCCGACGACAAGAAGGACGGAGCGAUCAACUCGGAGGAGGUCAAACCAGUGGACAGAGCCUCCGCUGCUUCCCCCACAGUUGACGGCAUAGAAGUGAGAUUCGUCCCUAGCGGAAGUGGCGUCUCAAACGGAGAGAGUUCCCCCGCCAGCAGCGGUAGUAGUGUUGAUACUGUUGAGGCGAACACCCCACCCAUGAUGGUGAACCUGCCCAUCCUCACCCUCAUGAACAAGCACCCCGUGCAAGCGAAGAUGAACGCAAAUAAAUCCCUCAGCAAUUUUUACCACCUGUAUAGCAAAACGACGCCACAGAUAACUCAGGAGAAUUACUUCAAGAAGGAGCUGCAAAACGAAUUUGCCUUCAAAAACGGACUCUACUUCAGCGCAACCAGUGUAAAGGAAUAUAACCAGAGAGUAGAUCCGAGCAAGCAUGCCUACAUAAAGCUGCCAGACGACACAAUGGUCCUGGUGGUCACCGGAAAUAAGUUCUUCUUCCAAGAUUUAGUCUAUUCCAGAAACAAGUACAAUGCUAUUAAGAAGAAGUUUUCUUUCCUUAUGAACUCUAUGAUUGGCAGUUUGAAGAAAAAAUAUUUUUUUAAAAAUUAUGAGUACCAGUAUUUGUAUAAGGAGGACCCCUUUGCCUAUGACCAGACGAAGAGACUUCUAGACAUGGAGCUCCUCGGAGAGAUCUCCCAAGUUACGCAAACGAUUUACGUGGAUGAGGAGAAGAAGAAGAAGAAGGUCUCCAUGCAUAAGGUGUACGGAGGCUGGUUUGACUUCCUCGGAAUUUUGGUUGUAAAUGGAUACACCAUGAAGCCGGAGGAGAGCGAUAAGGUGAAGCAGAAGGGGGCAUCCCUAGACGUAGUGCCCGCACACAUGCUUCAGCAAUUUAGAGAGCUCGUGAUGAAGAAGCAUGAUGGGUAUGAUAAUGGCUAUGCCGUUGGCUUGUGGAGAGACUUCCCGAAGGAUAAGUUCACCCCGUGGAGGUACUCCGUGGAGUUGUUCCUCUGGGAUUUGCUGAACGUGUUGCCCCACGAGUUGCCCCACCCCGCCAGCUUGAUAAUGACCUACAAUGGGAAUGGUAUUCCCAAAGAGGCAGAGGGGGAUAGCCAGCCCACCAUGAAGGAAUCACCCCAAGUGGACGACUCUGCCGACGCUGCCAACUCCGCCAACCCUGCCAACCUUGCCAAGCGAUCCAGGGAGGAAAUCCUCAACUGGCACCAGGCCAUUCAGAACAAAAUCGCGUCAUACCCAGGGUUCGAAGUGAACAUUGUGGCGGCCAACGAUUACAUGAAGGCCAUCGGAUACAGCAACGAAAUCUUUGCACGGUACUACAAUGCCAAGAAUGGAAACGCCUACAUCUUCCUCAUAACGAUUAACAAGGACUUCUUCGUGGAUGAAUUUGUGCAAAAGGGAUCAACCCAUGAGGAGUACGUUCAGGCAAAACAGAACUACUUCAGCCAGAAGAUGCACGAAAUUUUGGAGGGCCUAGAGAAACUUCUUGAAGAGUUAAAGGAGGAGCUAUUCCCAGACGAGGAGAAGACCAAGCCGGUGGUUACCUUCUAUAACUACCUAGCGGAUGAGCAAAAUUAUGAUAAGUUGAAUCCUCACGUCUUGGGAGAAAUCGCCGGAAUUACAAAGCAUUUGAAGUGCGACCAGUUAAGAAGCAAUGAUGAUGACAGAUGCUCCAAGGACGUCUCCAUCCAUCACAAGUAUGGAGGCUGGUUCGAAUUUGCCGGUGCCAUUCACGUGAAGAAUGUUAACUUUGUCCCAACCAAAUAUGAAAGGCACGGUGAGUUUAUGAAGAAGAAAUAUGAAGAUGCUAUACUCACUCAAGCCAACUGCAACUGCCAAGACGCGUGGUUGUGGAAGGACCUCCCCGAUCAGAACAUGGCUCCUUAUAGAUACCCCCUCCAAGUCUUCGCCCUAGAGAACCCCCAGCUUAAUAUCCUGAACCUGAAGGAAAUGCACCCCUUCAUCGUGAUGGACAUCCUUAACAAGGGCCUGCAGGCGUUGAAGGUCCAGUCGCAGCAGCAGACCGUGGUUGCGGAGGAGGAUGCGGCGCAGCGGGAGGUCUCCACGAAACACGAUUCUGUGAGGGGAAGUGACCGCGAUAGUGGAAGCGACCGUGGAAGCGACUCCCUUGCGGCCAGCCAAACCAAAUUCAACUACAUCGCCAGGGAGUGCAUGAAGAAGGACGAGGUGGAGGCCCCCCAAAUGGGAGCCAGUGAGGACAGCACCACCCCCAGCAGCGAUGAUGAAGUGCGGGAGGUUGACCAGAACGAAUACAUCGCCGAAAAUGUAGAGGCCGAUGGAAGCAGCGAUGCGGAGGAGACCGAAUACACAGAAGACAAGUACGGCGAAGAGGAGGAAAUAGACAGGGGCGAAUACGUAGACGUGAAUGAGGGGCUGUCCGCCAGACCAGCCGCGCAACCACUCCCACAGGCUGAGCACCAAUCUGUGAGAAGCCAAGACCAAGAACCGCUAAACAGUAACACCUCAGUCAGCAGCGCUCCAAACAACGGGGGAGAAAAUACCACCCGGGAGAGCAUCCUCUUCAGAGAUAUUACCAAAAACUGCGGAGACAACGAAACGCUUGGAGGAAGCAAACGGGAUGGAAGCGACGUGUUGAAGGCGGGCCACUUUGGCAUCAGCGGAGGUCUCCGAGCAGUGACCGAUCUAGUGAGCAAGCACCUUGGAAGCGGAAAGAGGGGAAGCGUAAGUGGAAACGGAAACGGCGACGAUGAUGACGAUGAUGACGACGAUAACGACGACGACGAUAGCGAUAGCGGCGAUGAGGACAUCUACAAUGAUGUCAGCAGCGAGGGAGGCAACGAUGACGACGACGACGAAGAUAAUGAUGAAGGAAACCUCUAUGCUACUAGUGAGUACCUGCAGAAGCACGCCUUCGGUGCGCAGGUCUCUCCGGACUUCAAAUCCAAACUUUACAUCUUCAUGAUCGUGUGCCUGGUGUUCAUUUGCAUCGCCCUCAUUGUGAGCAUCGCCAUGAGAUUGUACGAAACGCUGGUCAAGAGAAAAAUUGUGGAUUUGAACAGAACCGUUUUGUCCUUCAAGGACCGAGAGGACAUCCCCGUCGUGCAGGGCAUCCCCGCCCCCUGGCUCAACGCCUGA